UUAGGAAAGAAGCUAAAAGCGCAGGUGUGAAAACGGCGUCGUAUAAUUAGUGACAGAUUGUAAUCUAAGAAAAUAAAGGGGAAUAUACCACUGAAUAUUAUGGAUGAAUUUUGCAUAUAAAUUCACACCUUAACUCUCUUCUUUUUCUCAUAAUAACUUCAUUUUCUCUCUCUCCAAACAAAAAUCUCUCUCCUUCAUUUUUUUUUCUCAAGAAAACUACAAAGAAGAAAAGAGAAAGAGUCCCAAAAGUUUGUGAAGACUUUUUUUGUAGCUAUAGCUAGGUAGCUAGGCAGCCAUGGCUAGAGAACAAUUACAAGUACUUAAUGCACUAGAUGUGGCCAAAACACAAUGGUACCAUUUCACAGCAAUCAUCAUAGCUGGGAUGGGAUUUUUCACAGAUGCAUAUGAUCUCUUCUGCAUAUCACUUGUGACCAAAUUACUUGGUCGUAUUUACUACCAUGUUGAUGGUGCUGAGAAGCCUGGUACAUUGCCACCAAAUGUGUCUGCAGCUGUUAAUGGUGUGGCCUUUUGUGGAACUUUAGCAGGGCAACUGUUUUUCGGUUGGCUCGGUGACAAGAUGGGAAGAAAAAGAGUGUAUGGCAUGACACUUAUGAUGAUGGUUUUAUGUUCUGUUGCUUCAGGUCUUUCAUUUGGUCACACACCAAAAUCUGUCAUGGCAACACUUUGUUUCUUUAGAUUUUGGCUUGGUUUCGGGAUUGGUGGCGAUUACCCUCUUUCGGCUACAAUCAUGUCUGAGUAUGCUAACAAGAAAACUCGUGGUGCUUUCAUUGCUGCAGUGUUUGCUAUGCAAGGUUUUGGGAUUUUAGCUGGCGGUUUGUUUGCAAUUAUUGUGUCAAUUGCUUUCAAAACUCAAUUUAGUGCUCCUUCUUAUGAGGUUGAUCCAAUUGGUUCAACUGUUCCACAAGCUGAUUUUGUUUGGAGAAUUAUUCUAAUGGUUGGAGCCUUACCUGCUGGUAUGACUUACUAUUGGAGAAUGAAGAUGCCCGAAACAGCGCGGUACACUGCUCUUGUUGCUAAGAACAUGAAACAAGCAGCCUCAGACAUGUCAAAGGUUUUACAAGUUGAGAUUGAGGAUGAAACAGAGAAAAAAGGUCAAUCUUCUGAUGUGAAAAAUGCUAACACAUUUGGUUUGUUUUCUAAGGAGUUUAUGAAAAGACAUGGGCUUCAUUUGCUUGGAACAACGAGUACUUGGUUUUUACUUGACAUUGCUUUCUACAGUCAAAACCUUUUCCAAAAAGAUAUCUUUAGUGCAAUUGGUUGGAUACCAAAUGCAAAGUCAAUGAAUGCACUUGAAGAGGUUUACAAGAUUGCUAGAGCUCAAACACUCAUUGCCCUUUUUAGUACUGUCCCUGGUUACUGGUUUACAGUUGCUUUAAUUGACAGAAUAGGAAGAUUUGCCAUUCAAUUAAUGGGAUUCUUCUUCAUGACAGUGUUCAUGUUUGCUUUAGCUAUUCCUUACAAUCAUUGGACUCAUAAAGAAAACCGAAUUGGGUUUGUAGCUAUGUAUUCACUAACCUUUUUCUUUGCUAAUUUUGGGCCAAAUGCCACUACAUUUGUUGUCCCAGCUGAGAUUUUCCCAGCUAGACUCAGGUCUACAUGUCAUGGAAUCUCAGCUGCAUCGGGGAAGCUCGGUGCUAUGGUUGGCGCGUUUGGGUUCUUGUAUUUGGCUCAAAAUCAGGACAAGAGUAAGGUUGAUGCAGGGUACUCUGCUGGGAUUGGUGUGAGGAACUCACUAAUUGUGUUGGGUGUUGUGAAUUUUCUAGGCAUGUUGUUUACUUUCUUGGUGCCCGAAUCGAAAGGGAAAUCUUUGGAGGAAAUGUCUGGUGAGAAUGAAGAAGAGGAGAGUGAUCAAGUUGAGUUGGAACAACCAUCUGGUUAUAACAAUAGAACAGUUCCAGUUUAGGCCUAAAGUUGAGUUUUUUAGAGUGUUUGUAAUGGUUACUUUUGUCUUUUCUAUAUUGCAGUAAAAUCCAAUAUCUGUUAUGUUUAGUGAUUUUGAAAAUGUAUGGAAUAUUAUAUCAAAAGAAAAAAUAGGUUCUUGAAAA